UCCAUCUAAACAACACAGACCUACUUUGCAAAAACAGAAGACAUGUUCAAAUUGGUGGUGUUGUCCGUUCUUGUGUCAGUUGUGGUAGCCAAGCCAGCUCCAGGACUUCUCCAUGGUGGUCUUGCUCUUGGACCAGCGCUCGCAUAUGGAACCGCUGUCGUUGGAAGUAUACCCACUGCAGUGAGCCACAGUAGCAGUUCUGUCAUUCAUAGUGCAGCCUUAACAGCACCGGUGGCCAUAGCUGCCCCUGCGAUCGCAGCCCCAUUGGCUCUCCACGCCGGUCCAGCUCUAGUCGCCUCCCCAGGUCUGGCAUACGGUGCGCAUGGUCUUGGACUUGGAGGACAUGGACUCGGGGGACUUGGACUUGGAGGUCUGGGAGCACUUGGACAUUUGGGACUUGGUUUGAAGUUGCAUUAAGUUUCCACUGCGUAUGUGCAAUGUUUAAGUGAAUCUAGGAAGAUUUGUCGAUAAACUGAUUCGGACUGUUUUUAUAAUUGUAUUUUUUCAAAACAUAAUGUACAUAUGAGCAGAAUAAAUUUUCUUUUUUAU